AUGGCGCGAGCCGUGGCCUCCAGGCCGCAGUGGCCGCGAUGGGCGCGGUGGGCGUGGUGGCUGCUGGCGCUGUCCUGCUGCACGCUGAGCACCGCCUCCACAGGGAUCAAGACCAGCGCCGUGCAGGCGUCCGAGCUGGUGCAGGGCUUCCUGGGUGACACCGUGGUGCUGCCUUGUUCCCAGCCUCUGGAGGCGGACACGCAUCUCACCCAGGUGACCUGGAUGCGACAUGAGCCGGACGGGGAUGUCCUCAACAUUGCCGUAUGGCACUCUUCCCGGGGCGCCAGCGUGUCAGACUCUGAACGGGUGAAGUUCGUGGCCUCCAAGCCCGGUGUGGAAGUGUGGAACGCGUCACUGCUGCUGUCUGAGCUGCGCGCUGUGGACGAAGCUAAUUACACCUGCCAAUUUGCCAGGUUCCCUCAGGGCAGCAAAAGCGAGCGCAUCGGGCUUCGGGUGCUGGCCACGCCCCAGAACAAAAUUGAGGCCCUGGAAACGCCGCCCAGCCUGCCCCCAGGAAAACGUGUGGCUGUGGCUCGCUGCAUGUCCCACGGGGGCCGCCCGCCCAGCCGGAUCAACUGGACCUUCCCCGCCGCCCUGAAUGCCACCACAGACAACAGGAUCCCGACAUCAGGACUAGAGCUGGGCACGACCAAUGUCACCAGCUACCUCGUGCUGGUGCCCUCCAGCCAGGCGGACGGUCAGAACGUCACCUGCGUCGUGCAGCAUGACAGCUUCAGGGAGCCUGUCCUGCUGACCAAGACCCUGACCGUGCACUACCCCCCGGAGGUCUCCAUCUCUGGCUAUGAUGACAACUGGUACUUGGGCAGACGUAAUGUCACCCUCCGCUGUGAGGUCCGCAGCAACCCUGCGCCCACGGGCUAUAACUGGAGCACGACCACGGGGCCCCUGCCACCCUCCGCUGUGGCCCAGGGCCCCUUGCUUAUGAUCUUGGAAGUGAAUGAGACCGCUAACCAGACGUUUGUCUGCCAAGCCACUAAUUCCCAAGGAACUGGCAGCGGAGAGCUGACCCCGCAGCUCAGAGCAACCCCAUCUAAGGACCAGUCCGGUGGCAUCGGCACCAUCAUCGGCGGCAGCAUCGGCGGCAUCGGCGGCAUCAUCUUGAUCCUGGCCUUCAUCGUGUACUGGAAAUGCAGAUCUUCCCGUGAGUCCCUCCUUUCCCGUGCACCCCCAUCCUGUGCAGCCUCAGCGUACCAUGGGGUUCCACCAUUUCCCAGGAAACCACGCAAAACCCACUGUUGCACUGAUUCAUUUUCCACAGAGCCGGGGUGUGGGGUGGAAGGGAGACCACGCGGGGUCAAGAACUCGGGCUUGUUACUCGGGGUUGGUGAGCAGGUGCACACCCAGCGCCAGCCUCUUGCAGUUCACCCGGAGAGGGAGCCCCGCAAAGAAGUGGCGCGAGCUGGCGGCCCAAGCCCCGCAUCGGGCCAGGGCGGGGUCUGCUGCAUCGGGUGA